UCACAUGAUGUAAUCAGGUGGUUUCCAUCUGAAGUCAAACGAUGUUUGAAGGUUAAUUUUGCUCGUUAACGACUUCAUUAAUUGAACUUCCUGUUGGACCUGGAACAUGUUUUAGUUCUUUUCUAAGAUAAAUUUUUGCACAGACCUCCAGAGUUUGCAGCUCAGACAGAGUCCAGGUCCUGCUGGUUCAGGUCCAGGUCUAGGUGCUGGUCCUGACACCAGCUGUUCCAGGUCUGUAAGCCGAUCCAGAGGGAGGAAGAGCAGCUCUGCAUCUUUAAUGAUCAUUCAUCAUUGAUGGCAGCAGAACAAUCCUCCGGACGUUCUGUCCAUUAGAACCCCCCUCAGGGUUCAGGCUGGGGGGUCCCCUGCAGCGGCCCACCCCACAUCUGAUCAUGACCAGAGGGCUUCAGGUGGAGCUCUCCAGGUGAGCCUGCAGGUGCAGAUGGCGGGGACAGGUGGAGAAGUGGACCUCGGAGGGUCCUGGCACCGCGGGGUCGUCCAGAGGAACACCCCCCUGCUGUCCGGUUCUGUGCUGCCCGGGAACGGAUCCYGGACCCCACUGAGGUUACCGUCUCUGAGCAGAGGGUCCCGCAGGCGCAGCGGCAUGGCUCGUCUCAGCCUCAGUGAGCCGUCCCUCCUCAGUCCGAGCCAGGACUUCCUGUUUGAGGGUCUGUCUCUCCAACCUGGCUCUGGGGUCUUACAGAAAGCCCCUCCAUCACUGAGCAGACCCUGCAGGAGCUGUGAGCCGGCCAGGGGGCGUGACCCGCAGAGCCGCUGCAGACCCGCCUUUCUCCACAUGUCCCAGCCCGUCCAGCUCCGCCCCCGGCCACGCCCCACCAGGAGACACUCCCACAACCCGGUUCUGCACGGUGACCUGGGGGUCUCUGCAGCUCAGGUGGAACCUCUGUCUGUGGUGGGGAGGCCCUGUGUCCUGGUCUGUGGUCCUCGUGCUCCUGCUGCUCCUGCUCCUCCUGCUCCUCCUGCUGCUCCUGCUCCUCCUCUUCCUCCUCGCACUCAGCUGCACGUCUUCCUGCCCAGCGAGGCUGAAGGAGGGGGGGAGGAGGCCGACAGAGAGUCUGUGGACGAAGGCUUCAUGGACGAACUGGACAACAAGAUCAGCUCUCUGAAGAUCCAGCAGGACCCCCCACAGACCCUCACAAACCACUCCUAGGACCAGGUGUUCGGCCCGGAGCCUCGCCUCGUUCUUUCAGGCAUUCUUAGUUUUUUUUUUUUAGCUUUAAAUGAAACUGAUGAUGGAACUGACUGUAGCCCUGAUGUCUGAGCUCAGAUGAAGGAUUCAUGUGUUUCAACACAUCUGUAAAUUCAACAAUAAAUAACUUUUAAUGUUU